GUACCGCUAACAACGUUUUUGUCGUCAAAAACACCGUCGUCGAGAGACCAGACCAGACCAACAAGUCAGUUAGUUAGUUAGUCAGUCAUUCAGUCUAUCAACAACAAUCUCUCUAACUUUGACUUUGAGUUGAAUUGAGUUGAGAUACUUUUACCUCGUAGCUCGUAUACUCGUCGUAUACACAGUAACUUUGUAUCUUUGCUACUUCGUUGGUUGAUCUUUUUUAUUGCCUGUUUACAGCUAUUUUGUAUUCUUGUCCGGGUUUUAAUAUAUUCUGUACUCUGGUAUUCAGUGUUUCGCUACUGCUGAUGUUCUUUUUGUUUUAAGAAAAAUUUUCCAAAAAUUUCUCCGGACAUUUUAUUCUAAUUUUUUAAAAUUUCAAUAUCAAUCAGUUUCGUGUGUCUAUUCGUUCAAAUUCAAGCUAAUUAAAGUGCAUUUAUCAAUCUAAUAAAUAAUAAAAAACAAAAGUAUCUAAGUCUAAAAUAAUACAGUGUGUAUCUUAAACGUGCCUUUGCAAAGGAAAUUCCGGAAAAGCAACCAACCAGCAACAAAAAUUUAAAAAGUACCUAUACCUACCUGUAGAUUAGCAACAAGUGCUUGUGCAACAAGUGUUUCCAAUCAGAAGAACCGUUAUACCUACAUUUUGAACCUUAUUAUACUUUGGUGUAUUUUUGUUUUUCUUCAAAUAAAUGCCACAAGCAAAUUCAACUAAGAAAAUAAAAGCCAAGAAAUAUGGAAAGAUUCAAUAUUCCAAGAAAUAACAUUAAUUAAUUUAUUAUAAAAGAAAAUCGUGUUCAACUAACCACAUCCUAUAAUUCAUAUCAAGACAACCUGUUGCAUUUUUAAACUUAUGCUUUUUGACCCCCCUCAUCAAAUCAGCACCCAAAUUAUAAAAAUAAAAAUACAACGAACAAAAUAAAAAAAAAACAGUGACUUAAUAAUUAUUAUAUUUUUUAUUGUGACAUAAUUAUUAUUUCUUCUAUUAUACGAAAUAAAAAGAAAGAGAUUACAAAUAAAUUGAAGAUUAGAAAAGUGUUUCUAUAUCUUUAAGAAUUCAAAAUAAAUAAAAAAGAAAGAAAUUAAACAGUAAAGGAAAAAAUAAAUUGAUUUCGUGUUUUAUUUAAUUUUGUUUAUUAUUUUUUUUUAAAGAAAUUUUGUUUUGUUGUACCCACACCGUUAAAGUGAAAAAGAAAGAAAUCAGAAAUUGUGAUAAGUGUUUGAUAUCGUCGUUGAAGUGAUUCAGUUGUUAUUUAGUUAAAUCAAAAAAGAAGAAGAAAAUAAACGCGCGUAAAUUUUGUUUCGGCAAUAAGCAACGAUCUUUAACAAAACGGCCUUCACGCUGGAUAUCAUCAGUAUGGAGCCGUUUUACGACGGUGACCUCAAGGAUAUAUGGGAUUCUGACUUAGAUCCGUCGGAAACCCUUAAGCUCACAACAGAUUCAGAUAUGACAGAUUGGUUUCUGGAUCGUGAUGUCAAAAUGCCUGCUGUCAUAUUAAAUGAUAAAUUAAUAUCAGAUGCAUUACUUGGUAACCUGCCAAUUAAAUCAGAACAUUCAUACAGUCUUAAUUCAGAUGGUGAUUCAAUGCCUGAUUCGCCAAAAAGUCUGCACACAAAAAUGGAUGAUAUGGACGAUGAAUGUUAUCCAUCUAUACCAAUGAAAACAGCAACCAGCAACACACGUCGCGAUCCAUCAGCACACAUCAGUCUGUCAUCAUCAUUGGCAAGUCACCAUUCGACACUGUCUAGCAGUAAUCCAAUGCUUACAGCUUUGCCAAGUGUCAGCACAAUAAACAUUCCAAUUAGCAGCAGCUGCAACAGCACAAAUGCAUUCAGCCUUUCAAACAGCUCUGGCAAUGAUGGAACAAAAAUCACCAGCGCACCAUCAUCUUCAUCAUCACUUACUAAGAACCUGCGCUCAGCUAAACAACUUCAACAGCACCAACUUCAAAUGCAACAACAAAUCCAACAACAACUUCAACAACAGCAAGAACAACAACAACAAGCUCUUGCAACCAGCAUACGAAAUGAUAGUUUCUCAACAGCAUCCUCCUGCUCUGACAUCGAUAUCGAUGAAACCUGCAUUAAGGACGAGCCGAUGUCCCCAGAGUCAAGUUGCCCGCCAAGUCCAAAUUCCCAAGUUUUCACAUCGAAUGGAUCAAGUCUAAAUAUGGCCAAAAUAGCUGCUUCAACUAACUCAGAUCUCGUUUUUGAGCAUAAAAAUGGUUCCCUUCAAAUCACACCAGCCUCCAAGAGUCUCCUCAAGUCACAGCAAUAUGUUUUUGGAAAUUCAGGUCAAAACAUAAUCAUACCAAAAGUAAACAUCAAAAUGGAACCAACUCAGCAAAAUGGUCAAGUCUUUGGACUGCCACCAACACCGCCAUCAUCGUUGCCCAGCGACGAAUCAGAAGGAAAUCAAAGUCCUGAACAUCAUUUGGUUUCACCAAUGUCUCCACCUGCACAACAACAAAUAAAUCUCUCUUCGUCGUCAUCGGCGACAGGAGCAACAGCAGCAGCAACAACCUCCUCCUCAUCAUCAUCAUCGUCAUCGUCUUCUACACCAACAUCGCGAAGAAGCACACACAGCUCGCACAGUGCAUCUAGCUCACCUGUUUCACAUGCCAGCAAUUCAUCGAGGACAUACAGUGGCUCCUCGACAAGGCAGCCUAUUCAUACGCCAUUAAUCAGUUCACAACCGAAAGGAUCAACUGGCACCCUAAUGUUAACUGAAGAAGAAAAACGCACACUUUUGGCUGAAGGCUAUCCAAUUCCAACAAGAUUGCCUCUAACAAAAACCGAAGAAAAGUCAUUGAAGAAAAUUAGAAGGAAAAUCAAAAAUAAGAUAUCUGCACAAGAAAGUCGUCGAAAAAAGAAAGAAUACAUGGACCAGCUGGAACGUCGAGUUGAAGUUUUGGUCAACGAAAAUACAGACUACAAAAAAAGAGUUGAUUCUCUUGAAGAUUCAAAUGCCAGCCUUCUUAGUCAAUUGCAUAAGCUUCAAGCUCUAAUUAAUAAACAAAAUGCCAAAAAAGCUUAAAAAUGCUUACAAAAUAAAAAAAAAAUAAAAACAAAAUUAAUGAAUGAAACUACAAAAGUUAUAAUAUUUUUCUCAUUUUUCUCAAAUUUUUUUUAAAUAACAAAAUAAACAAAAAAAAUAAAUAUAAACAAAUAUA